AUGGCGCUUCAGAUGUACAGGCGGAAGCGACCCCGACGAGCAUCGAGUGAUGGGUACUCUGUCGAGGAGAUCUCGGCCGAUGACAUGGGCUACGACGGGGACAUUGAAGUGCUUCUACCCGACCAAUACGAAGAACCCGACUCGGAUUUUGAAGAUGACAAGGCAUUCCGAAGGCUGUGGCCUGACACUGAUGAUGAGCUGGCCAGCAAACUACGGAGGCUGUCCUGUGAUCCUCAUUCCUCACGCCACCCGAGAAGAGACGAUGAUGGGGAACGAGGACGGAAACGCAUGUCGAGGGAAAUGGACGAUGAUGACGCCGAUGUCCCGCCUAAACACACAGAGAUCGAGGUGUCGGAGCUUGUAGAUGGACACGCUGGACAACCUCCACUGAAGAGAAGGAAGAACAGGAACAGCAAGCCACCACUGGGACGGCAGGCUGCGAAGAAGCAGAUUGCAGAGGCCUGGUCUGAUAGCUCCGAUCGAUCCGAGGAGGCCAUGGUCGAGUCGUUGACGGGGACGCCCGAGGGAACACACACGCCAUCAACACCGCUGAAGAACGGCGGGGCUGAGCAUGAAGACCUUGACGCCAUGGACCUUGGAUGA